AUGACGUUGACAUGUAGAUGCGGCAUGGACAUGGAGAAGGAAGGAUUUUCAGCAGGAGGUUUUAGCCUUCGCCGUGGCCGGUGCUGUAAUCAGGAAUCACGAUUGAAGAGGAUGAUGAUGUCUGGCCUGGCCAUUCACAAUAUUAUGAUGCGUAUUUGCUGCCAUACUGCGACUGCUACGAUUACUAGUAGUCGUCGUCAUUUAUUCUCCAAAAGUAGUAGUAAUAUCCAGUCGGCGUCGGGGUGGGGCAAUCUCAAACGCUUUCUGUCUCUGCGACCGCCACCGCCACCGCCAACGCUACUGCCUCACUGCUUUUCUUCUGCUUCGUCCUUAUCCUCCAUCACAGAUGCAUCCUCAGCUGCAACCACCUCCACUCCCGCCGCUCCUGCUCUUUCAGAGGAGGACGUCAUGAUGGGAUAUGUAUUUGGGAAGAAGAAGGCCACUCAAGUUGCUCACUCCUUGUGGAAGCGUGUUGUCCAAAAAGGUGACGUGGUUAUUGAUGCUACUUGUGGCAACGGCCAUGAUACCUUGGCCCUUGUCAACUUGGUUGCUGAUAACACCAUACAUGGAGGCCGUGUUUAUGCUAUGGACAUUCAGAAAGUUUCUUUGGAGACUACUUCACUGUUACUGGAUCAGUCUCUUACUCCAGAUCAGAGAAAGCAUGUUGAGCUGUUCCUGAUGUGUCAUAGCAAAAUGGAGGAAGUUGUUCCCAGUGAUGUUGCUGUAAGGUUAGUUGUGUUCAACUUAGGAUACCUUCCAGGAGGACAAAAGGCGCUUAUAACAAGGUCAGAAACAACUUUACUUGCGUUAGAGGCUGCCAAGAGAGUACUAGCACCUGGGGGCCUCAUCAGCAUAGUGGUUUAUGUCGGCCAUCCUGGCGGAAGGGAAGAGUUUGAGAUGGUCCAGGCAUUUGCUUCUGAAUUACCAGUUCAGAAUUGGGUCUGCACCAAGCUCCAAAUGUUAAAUAGGCCGUCGGCUCCCAUGAUCAUUCUUCUAUACAGGAGAUGGUGAAUAACAAAGAUUAAUGUAAAAUCUUUGCUUUCUAAUCCUUCCCAACUAACUUUUGUACUGAAUAUCCUGCUAAACCAUUUCUGUUGGCACCAUAUUGAACA